AAGAUGCCUGAAUCGUUCGUCCUCUCGUUCACGUCUGCAGGUGCGGUAGGUGAAUCACGGUUCCCAUCUCUCUCUCUUCCAUUGUCUAUAUAAAACCCAACCUCGCCAACCAUAUACCAAAACACCUAAACCCCUUACUUUUUCUAGUGGUCUCUUCUAACAUACGCACCAAGCACACAGGCGAAACCCUUCCUUUCGUCUCCGUUACAGGUAUCAAGAUGAAAAUAGAAGUGAAGGAGUCGACUAUGGUGCGCCCGGCGCAGGAUACGCCGCAGAGGGGGCUCUGGAAUGCCAACGUCGAUCUGGUGGUACCGAGAAUGCAUACACCGAGCGUUUACUUCUAUAGACGGAACGGAUCUUUCAAUUUCUUCGACUCCAGCGUCUUGAAGGAAGCUCUGAGUAAGGCGUUAGUGCCGUUCUAUCCCAUGGCUGCGAGGUUGAGGAGAGAUGAGGAUGGUCGGAUAGAGAUCAAUUGCAAUGGAGAGGGCGUGUUGUUUGUGGUGGCUGAGACUGGUUCGGUUAUCGAUGAUUUUGGGGAUUUUGCGCCGACGAUGGAGCUCAAGCGCCUCAUUCCUGCCGUCGAUUACUCCGGCGAUAUCUCUUCCUAUCCUCUCCUCGUGUUGCAGGUUACACGUUUCAAAUGCGGUGGUGUCUCUUUAGGUGUGGGAAUGCAGCACCACGUGGCGGACGGAAUGUCCGGUCUCCACUUCAUAAACACGUGGUCUGAUAUGGCACGUGGACUCGAUCUUACCAUCCCACCUUUCAUCGACCGGACACUCCUGCGUGCCAGGGACCCACCAACUCCCGCGUUUCACCACAUCGAGUACCAACCCUCACCUUCCAUGAAAAGCCCUCUACAAAGCACAAAAUCCCAAUCGAGUCCCGACACGACCUCCGUCGCCAUGUUCAAGAUCACCCGUGAGCAGCUUAACAUCCUCAAGGCCAAGUCUAAGGAUAAGGAAAGGGGCAACACCGCCAACUACAGCUCCUACGAGAUGCUGGCUGGACACGUGUGGCGCUGUUCAUGUAAGGCACGUGGCCUCCCGGAUGAUCAGGAGACCAAGAUGUACAUAGCUACCGAUGGACGGUCCAGAUUGCGCCCUCAGCUUCCACCUGGUUACUUCGGCAACGUCAUUUUCACUGCAACGCCGAUGGCCGUGUCCGGCGACCUCAUGAACAACCCGCUGACAACCGCUGCGGGGAAGAUCCAUGAUGCCUUGGUGCGGAUGGAUGAUGAAUACUUGAGAUCAGCCCUUGAUUACUUGCAGCUCCAGCCUGAUCUGACGGCUCUGGUUCGUGGGGCCCAUACAUUCAGGUGCCCGAAUCUUGGGAUCACGAGCUGGGUGCGAUUGCCGAUUCAUGAUGCGGAUUUCGGGUGGGGCCGGCCGAUAUUUAUGGGGCCUGGUGGGAUUGCUUACGAGGGUUUGGCUUUCGUGCUACCUAGCCCCAUCAAUGAUGGGAGCUUAUCGCUUGCCAUUUCUUUGCAAUCUGAGCAUAUGAAGAUCUUCCAGAAGAUUCUGUACGAGCUUUAAAGGAACCGAUCCGUGCCGGCCGAUCUCUCCCAGAACAUUUACGGGGAUGUUUCGGAUGGUGUAGCGAUUCUUAUGCGGUAACUGGACUCUUUUAUUUGUUUACGAUUACAAUUGUUUUUAAACUCUCUCUUAUUCCUUACCCUCUACCUGUCUUGGUACUUUAUAGGGAACAAAAAUAAUAGGAAAGUUUCAAAGAUUACAUAAUAUUAGGUUUGGGUUUAUCAAA